AUGGACGAAUCAGUCUUGAGGAAUCUCCUCUCUGCCUUGGAGACCAUUAACAAUGCGGCAACAACUAAUAACGCGCGUCAACAAGCACAGGAGUACUGCGAGACUCUGAAGCGCGACCCAGCAGGACCCCUCUACGGCUACUACCUUGCUCACAAGGACAACCAACAACCCGAUAUCGUCAGGCACUUUGGACUUUCACUCAUGGAAAAUACAGCGCGCUACAAAUGGUCCGAUGCGAGCCUCACCCCCGAACUCAAAGGACAGAUACGAAUGAACGUUAUGGCCCUAGCCUCAGAGGUACUCGAUUGCGAUCAUUAG